AUGGCAGACUCAUCCAAGAAUAGUAAAGCUGCGAGUCGCCGAGUCGUAGAUUCGGUCCAAGAGAAAGCUCAACAGAUCUUGACGGAAGAUUUGGGCCGGGCUAGGAGCGUCGCCUACCAGGCAAUCAAGAGUAGAGCCUAUCUGUAUCCGUUCAAAGGCAUCUUCUACUUUCUUACGCACAGGUCUCUGUGGAGGCCAUUCACCUCCAAGAUCGGACAGUACUUGACCGUCUCGGCCGCCGUCAUCGGCGCCAUGUUCACCUUUACCUACCUUCCGCAGCUAGCCGUGCUAGUCUUUACCAGCGGCCCAUUGGCAGUGGUCUCAACCGUACUUCUUGUGCUCAACGAAAGCUCGACAAUCGUCAACAUCAUUUCCAGAAACUGGAUUCUCCAGCAAGCUAUCCUCGAUACCUUUGAUGGCACGCUGAUUUCUAGAAACGCCACAAACAUGGUGCGUCAAGGCCGCGAAGUGAGGUCGGGCAGUGACCCGAUUGCAAGGCUCGGCAAGACAUUGAAGAGUCCCUUCAGCAAGUUCAGUCCCGCAGCUCUUAUUCGUUACGUCAUGUAUCUACCCUUCAACUUCAUCCCCGUCGUCGGUACAGCCGCGUUUUUGUAUCUUCAGGCUCGAAAUCGGGGAACACAAGUACACGGUCGAUACUUCCAACUUAAGCAAUGGUCAGCCUCCCAGAAGCAGGAGUGGCUCGACAAACAUACAGGACCAUACACGGCAUUUGGCUUGGUGGCUACCCUUCUUGAGAUGAUUCCUGUUGCCAACAUCCUCUUCACCUACACAAACACGGUCGGUGCCGCGCUGUGGGCUGCAGACAUUGAGGAGCUCAAUACGAACAUGACGGACGAAACGGCCCCUUCUCUCAGAGACACCGCUAGGAAGGCCCAAUAG